AAUGACUGCGUCUCGUUGUGAGUGAGUGUGUAUAUUUGGUAGUUAGAGACAAUUGGUUUGCAAUCUGUUUGAAAAAAAAUAAAAAUAAAACUUGUUGGAAAUGUCGUAUUUGGCGAGUUUUAAUAAUGAGAGUGCAAAGCAAAUACUUAUGGACAUAAUACGCACUGUGAAUCAGCCCGAGAACUCAAAAAAACUAUCGGAGGCAAAGGCGUCAGCUGGCAAGGAAAUGAUUCUGAUGAUGCAGCAUGUUUUUCCACUCGUAAUGCAACUGCAACUGGAGGUGAUCAAGGUACACGGAUUCCCCGGCAAUCGGGAGGGACUCGUCCAGUUCUCGCAACUGAUACGCGAAAUGGAGCGUGACGACAUGGAAAUAGCCCGGCUUCGAAGCCAGAUACGCGCCAUCUACUUGCCACCGAUUGCCAUCAACACUACCAACGAUAUACUCAUCUGAGAUCUAAUCGGUCUACAAUAUAAUAAAUAAUAUACAAAUUUAAGACUGCAAUAGAUAUAAGUACUUCAUACUUUUGUAAAUUUAUACGUGUUUUCUCUGUAUUUGUUGUUUUGUAUAUAAAUCGAU